ACACAAAUCUUAAUGUCAGGACGGACGUGUGGCUCUUUAAAUCACAUUUUUAUCUCAGAAACAUGAACCAGGGCUGAAAAAUCUCACCACAGUGGGACCUUUGUUUUUCCCUCCCUGCUAAAACUGGGAGAAAGGGAUUGUUUUGAAACCAUGGCAGAGCAAACAGAGGGAUUUCCCUCCUCCACCCAGCUACAGCCGUGCCUCCUUCUUUUCAUGAAUACCAAAGAACUGGUUUCUCCUUCCUGAACAGACGUGCAAAACAGACAGGCACACACAGGGCUGUCACACACACACAUACACACACAAAUUGUCUCUGGCCCUCUCAUGCACACACACACACACAUUAAAAUAACACCCCACCCCAGUGCGCUCAGCUGCCAGCUGUUUCUGGUUAGAGGAGGAGCAGGCAGGUCAGAGUCAUGGAGAGGCAGCUGGAGCUCGCUGCCCUCGGUCUGGCCUCGACAGGGUGGCUUUGUGCCAUUCUGACGCGUUGCCUGGCCCUGUGGAAGGUGAGCGGCACCCUGGACAACACCACGGCUACUCUGCCUGCCUACUGGGAUGGGGUGUGGCUGGAAUGGGACCACUGGGACUUGGCUCACGAUGGUAGCCUGCACUGCUCCUUCUACCAAGCUCUCAUGUCUCUUUCUGGAAGUUUUCGGACGUGGAGAGCCCUCAUCAUGGCAGCCAUCGGAGCCGGGGCUUUUGCUGUGGUGAUUGGUGCGGUCGGGGCAGUGUGGUUCCCUAAGCGCGGCCAGAUCAAAGUGUUUUCUGGUGCUCUCUUUGUUUUGUCUGGGAUCCUGCUGCUGGUUCCCACUGCCUGGACGUGCCAUCACAGCAGUCAGCCACUGGAGGGCGCUGUGCUGCUGAGAAGAGACUGGGGACCGGCGCUGUACCUCGGAUGGAUCUCCUUUGCUUUGAUGCUGGUCGGAGGGGUGUUUCUCACCACCAGGUGCCCCACUGGCGAGAGACAGACACAGCAGUCUGAAGACAGCAGGUACCCGAAUCUCGAGGAGGACACUCAUCACCCACUGAGCAGGAUCAACAGGACUACAUUCACACACAGCCAGUAUGAACGCAGAUCAGAGCCUAUCUGAGGCGAGUGUGUGCUAAUAUUUAACUGAGUGUGAGUGAUUAAACUGGAAUAUCACUAAUGUGUGAACUGGCUGUGGAUAGAUUUACCAGCAGAGGAAAGAUCUGGCUGCACAGGUUGAGUAAUGAUGCACUGGUUUAACUUAGCAUGAACUUACCAUUAGAAAGCACAAGCACAGCAACGUGUCAUUUAACUAGUUUUACAGAUAGAAGUGUGGGUAGGUCACUUCUAUUAAAGCAGACACACAGAUACUGCAGAGCUUUACAUUCAGUCCAAAGCAGUAUCCCUGUAACAUGAUACCUCUGAGUUUGGUUUACCUGAUGUUGAACUGAUUCCCCUUCAAACUGUAUGAGACUGAUUCACAUUGAAGGCAUUACCAUGUAUUAGAAGUAUCAG